GGCCCAAAUUAUGUCCAAGGGACCUAAAACCUGUUCUUCGUCUUCUACGUCGGUAAUUGCAGAGUGAGGAACAGAUUUUCUUUUCACACAGUUCGCAGUCCAGAGAAUUCAAUCUAAUCUUAGUGCUGCAGCAACCACCAUUUUAGGAGAUGAAGAAGGGAGUGCACCCGCAGAAGCAAUGGAUAAGCUAUGUUACACAAACGGGUAGAUUGAUGCAUGUCAUGAUGACAAAGAUACACCCUGUUGGCAAAGUUUACCACUUCCGGGCAAGGCGUCAGAUGGCCGAGAGUUUGGGGCAGAUUGCCAAGUUCAGGCGUCGUUUUGGGCUAGAAAAUCCAGAAACCACUCCAAAAAAAUGACGUCCUCAACAAGAAGAGGGAGAGAAGUUUCUUUGCCUCUAUAUUAAAAUGCAAGUUCAAGGAGAAUAAGAUAUAUACUUGAUGAUACUCUUAAUCUGGCUUUUUGUAGAAUUCAUUAUAGAUUUAUAUAUCAAGUUAAAACUGCUGAAACAUUUCAUUUUUCAGUUAAUAUCAAGUGAUGUCGUGAGUAGUGCAUUUUAUCUA